AUGGCAUUAUUAACUAGCAGCAACUCGAGGUCAAAGAUAAAUGGCUUCAUCAUCUUGUUUGUCAUUUUCCUAGUCUACUGCAUAUACACCACUUCUUACCAUUUACCAACCACAACCACAGCCGCUACAGCGAGUACCACCGUACCACAGAAUACGACGGCAGAAAUGCCCAUCCUCCCAACGAAAAAGCCUAAAUCCAAUGAAUGCAAGUCUGAUCAAGUCGGCCGCAACAUAGAUCCCAACCACACCAAUGCUCACAUUGAGUUCUGGAGACACCUGAGCGAAGCAACCAUUCAAGUCUACAGAAAAAGAUGGCAAAAGUUUGUAUCCAGUGUGAAGCGCACUCGGAUACCGAACACCGUAUCCGGUCGUGGCAUCGUACUUGUCGCAGGCAACAGAGAUACUUUUGACCGCACACUGACAGCGAUCAAAUUACUGAGACACAUGCAUCGUUGUCAGCUCAACAUUGAAGUAUGGCAUUUAUCUGACGAACAGCCAUCUGAGCACAUGAGACAAGAGCUCGAGAAUCUAGGCGCAGCUCCCAGGGAUUUAUCAGAUCCUCAAUUAGUUAGACCCAUCAUCCACAGAAGAAAUGCAGACAAACAAUUUCAGAUCAAGGCAGCCGCUGUCAUCAAUUCAGCCUUCAAAGAAGUAUUAUACCUCGACUCUGAUAACGUACCAGCACACGACCCCACCUAUUUGUUUGACACGCCUGAAUACAAAGCGACAGGCGCCUUGUUCUGGCCAGAUUUUUGGAAAACGCAUGGUGAGAACAAAAUAUUCGACGUAUUGGACAUUUCAUGCGAGGAUGAAUGGGAGCAAGAGUCUGGACAGAUGGUCAUUGACAAGGAGAAAUCGUGGGUUCCUUUGCAACUGGCGUGGUACAUGCAAAAACAUUACGAAAUCUACUUUCAAUUCUUGAAUGGCGAUAAAGAUACUUUCAAAUAUGCGUGGAAAGCCUUGGAUAUGCCCUAUCAUAUGACAGAGGCCUUUGUUGGCAUGGCAGGCACCAUGGUCAACAAUCGAUUUUGCGGUCAUACGAUGCUACAAUACGCUCCUGGUAGUGAUCAAGACGACGACACCAUCUUGUUUGUACACGCUAAUUUACUCAAGAUCACGGACAAAAGGCACUUUAUUCAUGGUGAUCAACCUGAACACCCUUGGGAUCUAGCGAAACGAUCCAGCAUGAGUCAUGCAAAUACUUGGAUCAAGCCAGAGUUCUAUAUUUCGUCACAAGGGCAAGCCUGUAUGGACUUUACGCAUCGCCAGGGCGAGCCAGAUGCUAUUACUGAAGAUUUCGACUCGGUUCUACCAGAUUUCCAAACUAAUUACUUCAAGUAUGGUGGAAUUGGUGGUGAAACACGAUCAUAA